CCAUCCAGACCGUGACGUCCUGACGGCUGACCUUCUUCCUCACAAUUAUAGAUAGAGUUGUGUUUCCUGGGUCCUCCUUUCUGCCAGCUCGCUGAUGGAGAGAAGUGACCAGAGAAGGCUUGGGGAGAGGGAGAGGGAAGAGACACAGCGAGAUGAAACAAAAGAAGAAAUAUACGAGAGGUUUCCAGGCUUGUUAUCCUGGUGGGCUCUGACAUGGCUACCUUUGGCCGGCCUCCGCCAGGGUUCAUGCAGGACUGGCCAUAGUGUGUUCUGCCAGGAGCAAUGCUGCACUGGAGGGGUCAGACCGGGCAACAGCUUGAGUGAGCAGCAGCAGCAACAACUGCAGGAGCAACUGCAACUGCAGCAGCAACAGCAACAGCAGCAACAGCAGCAGCAGCAGCAGCAGCAGCAGCAGCAGCAGCAGCAGUCUGUCUCAGAUGUAGGGAGGUGCAGUGAGGGUGGCAAGAUUGACCUGGAGGCAGGUAUCUCUUUUUACAGAGAAGAGAAGAAGUUUGGGUGUAAGCAGUGCGAUAAAACUUUCAGAUCCAAAGAAGGGCUUAGGCGACACACUGUGACACACAGUGGUGUUUCAAAUUAUGAGUGUCUGGAAUGUGGAAAAACAUUUACUCAGAAGAGUAAUCUUGACACACACACUCUGACACACAGUGGUGUUAGAAAUUUUCAGUGUUUGGAAUGUGAAAAGAAAUUUUUCACAAAGUCUGAUCUCAACAAGCAUGCCCUGACACACAGUGGUGUUAGAAAUUAUGAGUGCUUGGAAUGUGGAAAGAAAUUUUCCAGAAAGGGUGAUCUCACCAAACACAUCCAGACGCACAAUGUUGAUAGAAAUUUUGAGUGUCCAGAAUGUGGAAAGAAAUUUAUCACAAAAGCUUGUCUCACUACACAUGCUGUGACACACAGUGGUGUUAGAAAUCAUGAGUGUCAGGAAUGUGGAAAAAAAUUUACCACAAAGGUGCACCUCGCCAGGCACUCAUUGACACACAGUGGUAUUAGAAAUCAUGAGUGUCAGGUAUGUGGAAAGAAAUUUACCACAAAGUGUCACCUCACCACACACACCCUGACACACAGUGACGUUAGAAAUUAUGAGUGUGAAGAGUGUGGUAAAAGAUUUACUACCCGUUCUGAGCUCAAUAGACACGCUGUCAGACACACUGGCUUGAGGGAGUUCAAGUGUGAUGUUUGUGGGAAGUUUUUCAAGACAAAGGGUGACGUUACAGGCCACAUGAAGAUCCACUUUUGAGGUGGCAUCUGUGGACCAGUGGGGCCACACUCAGGACUAGAAGUGUGUGGCAGUGGUGGUGGUGCUGGUGAGUCUUGUGUAAUGUCCUUUUUUAUUUAUUUAUUUAUUUAUUCUGUUUUAGUUUUUUAAUGUAGGAAAGGCUUCAACAAGGGCAACAAAAUUGCAAUGUUGAAUAAAACACUGUGAAGUCCCAGGCACUUACUGAGUUAAAAGCAUCAGCCAUAGCAGAAUACAAGUGUCUUCAAACGUCCCUCUUGAAUGAGUUCAAAAUAUGGGAAGGUGGAAACACAAAAGUAGGCAGGAAGUGCCAGAGUGUACAUCCAUUAUAGCGGUUAAAUCUUGCAUUAGAGAGGCAGACAGAGUAGUGGUGAGUGGCAUAGUGAGGCUGGGGGAGGAGGGGAGGCAUGCAGUUAGCAAGAUCAGAGGAGCAGGUGGCAUGAAAAUAGUGGUAGAUGAUAGCAAGAGAUGGAAUAUUACAGCAUUGAGGAAGGCUGAGGACUCAGAGCUGAUACAGUGAAAAGCUUUUGAUUCUUCCCUCUCUGAAAGUGCCAUUUGAGUGAAGCACCCUUAUAGACACGAGGCACACCCAACACAUGGACGGGUGUGGCCCCAGGACAGUGGUAGCAGUUGGAGGGUGUGAGAAAUUUGGCAAAGACAACUAAGAACACCUGACUGUUUGGUGGCAGCAGUGUCCUUGUGUGUGUGUGUGUGUGUGUGUGUGUGUGUGUGUGACAUGAAUACACUCAACCCUUUUUAAUUUGGACCAUGUUUAUCUGGACUUCAAUUUAUCCGGAAAAUCCAACAAAUGAAUUUAAUCAAUACACGCCUCACAUACCGCCAGGAACAGCCAAUGGACAGCGGCAGGCAGUUCUAAACAAGUCCGGCCAAUACAUGUGAACUCAGCGCUCUGUCUGGAUUCAGUGAACAAGUUAGUGCAUUUUUCAUUACCUUAGAACGCCUCCUAAGGGUGUUAAACAUAAAUGAGUGGCCCAACUCUGGCUAAAAAGACUGAAUUGAUUAGAAUAUUAGAGAAUGGAGCUUGUAUUAUGAGUGGAAGGGAUUUGGUGUGGCAGAACAAACUGUGUAGAGCGUUGGUAGAUCAAAAGAUAGGCUGUGGUUAGGAAAUUAGAGAAGGGAGCUUGCUGUGGUUAAAAAAUUAGAGAAUGGAGCUUGUGUUAUGAGUGGAAGGGAUUUGGUGUGGCAGAACAAACUGUGUAGAGCAUUGGUAAAUCAAAAGAUAGGCUGUGGUUAGGAAAUUAGAAAAGGAGCUUGCUGUGGUUAGAAAAUUAGAGAAUGGAGCUUGUGUUAUCAGUGAAAAGAAUUUGGUGUGGCAGAACAAACUGUGUAGAGCGUUGGUAAAUCAAAAGAUAGGCUGUGGAAUACUGUGCCAAAUACUGUGUGGAUGCAUCAAGUAAGAGUGUUAAAGAUGCACCAAGGAAUAAUGUGAGAACUGGAAAAGAUGCUGGAUUGGAUGUCAUGGUUACUGAGUGUAUGUGGAGCAAUGUUUGGUGGAGAUCAAUGUCUCCAGUGUCGUGGUGGUGGUUGAAGGAUGGUUUGGCUGUGUGCAAGUUCGCCGACAUUGGCAAACCGUCUUAUUUCAUUCAACUGGACAAUUCACUGGUGUGCAAGUUUGCCGAUACCAUCUAUAAAACAUAAAUACAGUUACUUAUAUGUUGGUCCAUUCAUUAUUUGACUACCAAGGAAUACAAUGAACAUUAAAUCAAAGAGGUUGUUUUGAAGCCACCUACAAUAUAUUUAGACCUUUUAAUAUACUCCUAAUACUUGUGAUAUUACAACACAAUCUCUCUCUCUCUCUCUCUCUCUCUGAUCAUUGGACAGUUUGCUGAAUCUUCGUCAGCAAACAUGCACGUCGCCCAACCAUCUGUUAUCGUGGUAGUAAAUUGAGUGUACUUCAAGUCUGGAGGGCUUAUUUCUCUUAUUCAUACACUCAGUUAUUGUUGUUAGGUUAGUUUUAGAGUUAGGUUAACUUAGAUCAAGUUUGUUUUGGUUUAAUUGGUCAGGAAACCAAAAUAGACUAGAUUUUUUGCAUUUACCUCAAAAAGUCUUGAGGAGAAAAUGUAUCGAGGCAUUUGCUCCCUGAUUUUGGCUGACAUUUUUCCCUUUGUAGAGAGCCAGACACUCAAGCGGGCCAUUUUUUUUAUUUAUUAUUUAUUUAUUUUAUUUUAGUUUUAUUUUUUUUUGCUCUUGGCUGGCUCUUUUCCCUUCAUAAAAAAAUAAAUAAAUGUCUUAUCAGGACUUUUUCAUGGUCCGGACUGGUGCCUGGACCAUUUAGUCUGGAGGAACAAGGCUCAAGUGUUGUUUGUUUUCAGCUUUGUAUAUAAGGUUAAGAGAAAACUCAGUCUUGUUAAUGGUGUGUGCUAUUGUGUAGAUUGUAAGUGAAGAAAUUAAUAUAUUGUAACCACCCUCUUCCUGUUCUCUUCUUUCCUCAAGUGUUGUGUUUCUGUUGCCUCCAGUGUCGUGUCUCCAUUUCCUUAAGUGGUGUGUUUCUGUUUCUUUAAGUCUCCCAUCACACAUUUAUUUCCUCAAGUGUUAUGUUUCCAUCUCCUUCAGUCUCCCACCACACAUUUCUUUCCUCAAGUGUUGUGUUUCCAUUUCCUCAAGUGUUGUGUCUCCAUUUCUUCAAGUGUUGUGUUUCUGUUUCCUUCAGUCUCCCACCACACAUUUCUUUCCUCAAGUGUUGUGUUUCUGUCUCCUUCAGUCUCCCACCACACUUGAGGUUUUGUAUCGCUGCACACUGGAGCUUUACCGCCUACCUGCAAAGAAACACAAGAAAAGACAUUGCUUGCAGGUGAAGCAUGAUACAAGAUGUGCUUUAUUUACAACUGCCCUCCAAACAGACACUUGUUAAAAAGCCAUCCCAACCAUCACAUCAGCCACAACACUGGUGACUGAUGUAUUUACAGGCCACAUUACAUAACUGUUUGUUUUGUGUUAUGACUGUGAAACUAAUUUUAAUCUUGACUUAUGUACAGGAAAUGCAAGCUGGUACUUCCCUUCAUGUUUAAGAAAGUGGCAGAACAAAUAAAGUGUAU